AGUGACAGCUACUUCCCGGAGGCAAGGCAACCAGAAGCUAACAGCAAAGCCAGCCCCUCGGUCACAGUCCUUGUGGCCUCCGCGGCAGCUGAAGGUCCCUACCUGCAGGCUCUCCAGGAGGAGAGGUAUUUUUUUCAAAGGAGAUCUACGCAUAAGUUGUCCCUCAUGUCAGUCAAACCCAGCCCUGGGCCGAGCCCCACUACAGCGUCUGACCAUAAUUUUGGGGAGAUCCACAACUUGACAGAGCUGCUCCACUUCUUUAACCUUACCUUCUCUGAGUGCCAUCUGGAACUCAGCGAGGAAAUCAAGCAAGUGGUCCUCUUUGUCCUCUACCUGGCCAUCUUCGUGGUGGGGCUGGUGGAGAACCUCCUGGUGAUAUGCGUCAACUGGCGCCACCGCCGCUCGGGCCACAUGGGGCUACUGAACCUCUACAUCCUCAACAUGGCCAUCGCGGACCUGGGCAUGAUCCUGUCCCUGCCCGUGUGGAUGCUGGAGGUCAUGCUGGACUACACCUGGCUCUGGGGCAGCUUCUCCUGCCGCUUCACUCACUACUUCUACCUUGUGAACAUGCACAGCAGUAUCUUCUUCCUCACCUGCCUCAGCGUUGACCGCUACGUCACUCUCUCCAGUGCCUCCCCAUCCUGGCAGCGCCAGCAGCACCGAGCGAGGAGGGCCCUCUGCGCAGGCGUGUGGGUCCUCUCGGUCAUCAUCCCACUGCCCGAGGUGGUGCACAUGCAGCUGGUGGACGUCUCCGAGCCCAUGUGUAUCUUCCUGGCACCUUUUGAAACAUACAGCAUGUGGGCCAUGGUGGUCUCCCUGGCCACCGUCAUCCUGGGCUUCCUGGUGCCCUUCCCGCUCAUCCUCGUCUUCAACGUGCUCACAGCCUGCAGGCUCCGGAGGCAAGGGCAGCGGGACGGCAGGCGCCACUGCCUGCUGAUGGGCGCCUACGUAGCCGUCUUCAUCGUCUGCUGGCUGCCGUACCAUCUGACUCUGCUGCUGUUCACCCUGAGCUCAACACACAUCUCCAUGCACUGCAACCUAACCAACCUGCUCUACUUCUUCUAUGAAAUCAUUGACUGUUUCUCCAUGCUGCACUGUGUAGCCAACCCAAUCCUAUACAAUUUUCUCAGCCCAAGCUUCCGGGGCCGGCUGCUGAGCAUUGUGGUCCGUUACCUUCCCAAGGACCAGGCCAGGGCUGGCGACCGGGCUUCCUCUUCCUCCUCCACCCAGCACUCCAUCGUCAUUACCAAGGAGGGCGGCCUGCCCGCUGCACCAGACCCCCAUCCCCAACCCAACCUGAACUCCCGGACACCCUCUCCGCCUCCAAACACUGCGUCUUCACUCGGCAGUCCAACAGCCAGCUAAGGUAGACGGACUCCAAGCUUCUUCCGCCAGCAACGCUAAGGGUCAGAGGGGGAAGUGAGUGAUACGGGAAUGGGGGAAUCUAAGGGAUCGCUGAGGACACCUCAAGAUUAGCUUACUGGGCUUUGUGUAUGAUUGUUGAUUAUGUCAUUUCAGAUGUGUACAUUACACCUCAAAAGGUUGCACUGGGGAGAAGGAAAGGGAACGGGAGGGAUACAGGUCCUUGGUAUUUUGUUUUAGUCAUUGUGCCCAAGAUCUGCACAGAAAAAAAAAAAAAAGUGAAAUAAAGACAGCCACGCUCUGAA